AUGGCACCCAAAGCUGGUAGUGUUGGUCCAAAGGCGCAAGCCGGUGCUUCCCCGCUGGUGGUCCACGAGCCUCUCAUCAUUGCGGCUGCCUUCCUCGACGGCGUGGUAGCUGUGUCGGGUGUGCCUGUGAUGGUAGCGCAGGCUCCGUAUGUCUCGUUCCCCUCUGGUGCCCACCUUGCCGCGUACCAGCUGUGCUUUCUGUUUCCGCAGCUCAUUACCACACUUGUGGCGGAGCAACUCACGCUGCACGUGAGUGCCUCGGCGCUCUUACUUUUCACACUGAUAUGCUCCACAGGCAGCGCGGCUAUCGUGGCGCUGAGUCUGUCGCAGCGGGCGGUGUCGCUCUUCUUCGCCUCUCAUAUUCUGAACGGUGUCUUUCGACACACCAAGACGCUGUUUGGCGUCACCGCGAAAGCACUGCACAUGCCGACCACUGACGUCAGUGCAGCUGCCCGCUACGGUAUGAUGGCCGGCAUGCUGCUCAGCGGAAUCGCAGGUGACAUCAUGCGCGAUGCAGUACAGGUGGCGCAACUGUUCAUAGGGGUAGAGGCGGUUGCUGCGACGCUGGUACUCGCACACCUCCUGCUGCGGAGUCGCACCGUGGUGGUGACCGCCCGAGCCAGUCAGGAGUACGCCCAGUGGCUCCCCAGUCUGACACGGGCACCGGCAGCUGUGCACCGCUCCAUGUGGGCCCUCAUUGCCGUCAUGUUGGCUUCCUCGGUGAAUCAGGUGAUGUACCCCAUUGCGGCGCCCGCCUAUGGUCUGCCAUACUCCUUCGCGGGUGCCCACUUGUGUUUCAAUAUGGUGCUGCAAAUGGUCCUGAUGCCAUCCGUUGUGGAGGCUGCCAAGCGCAUGGCGCGGCGGUGGAAGUCGAAUGUGUUGCUGACCGGCAGCGAGGAGGAUAAGUUGUCGGUUACCGCCGGGCUCUUACUCCUUGCGGGCUGCACUGUUGUUCCGUACGCUUCUGAUUGCGGGCCUUUUGUCUUUUAUCCCGCUUCGCUGCUUUUGGUGGACCUCCCCGCCGGUGUCCUGGCCACGCUCGCCGCGAAUGCAGUGCAGGAGACAUUCGGACACGGCUCCGGCGACCGACCGAAGGUCACAAGGCUGCUCGCCCACAUCACGCAACUCGUGAAGAUGUUUGCGGCGCCGCUGCGUAUCUGCACGGCAGAGAGCCUCAGGGGGUACAAAUACCCUGUGCGCUACAUCAGUAUCCCUCUGAUGACGUACGUGCUGGUGUACACCCGCACACACAACGUCACGUACGCGGUGGCUGGACUGGCGACAAUGCUGUUCCUUCUCACGUCCACUGUCUCCUCCUUUGACGGUGAACUGUAG